ACCGCAGCUGAUAUCAUAUCAAUUAGAAACUUCUAAACAUUGAUCUCUCUGCCGACAAAUAAAAAUAUUUCGGUUGCUUUUUACCGGGAUAUGUCAGACUCCUACAAAAUGUUUGUAGCUGAAUUCUUAAAAGGUUUGCCUUCACACAAUGAAAAUAAUUUUGCUAACUUCCAUACGGAUAGUGGUAACAGGACUUGUGUUAAAAAGCCUUCAGUUUAUCUUCCCACAAAAGAUUAUCCUUCUGAGCAAAUUAUAGUCACAGAGAAAACAACCAUAUUGUUAAGGUACCUGCAUCAGCAAUGGAAUCAUGAUUUCCAGCAUGCUGAUAGAAAACGAGAUUUUUUAUCUGCUAAUGGUGAUUCUGAAGAUGAUGCUGCUACAGUACACAGCAAAAGGCCACGUCUUGAUUUGAACAACACCAUUUAAAAUACACUUCACAGUUAUAAUUUCCAUUAUCUACUAAACUACAUUUCCAUUAUCUACUAAACUAAUUUCCAUUGUCUACUAAAA